GUUCGAGUCACAGGGAGAGGAGUAUUUUUCCGUUUUAAAAACCGAAAAAGAAGAAGGGAGAGGGGUAUUCCUGUCUUGCACACUACGGCAAACACAGCACUCUCUCUCUUAUAGGGUUUCAGAUUCACAACUCUCUCUCUCUCUCUCUCUAAAACCUAGUUCAUUCGACUUCCCUGUUUCAAUCUCGAAUUCCAAUCCAAGAUGGAAGUCGCAGGCGAUUUGGAGGCGAAGAUAGAGUCGCUUCUGAACGUGGAGAAGAAGAUGAGGCUCGACAACGACGUGGCCGGUACCAAGAAAGCCGUCACCGACAUCUUGCAGCUUUGCUACGAAGCCAAGGCUUGGAAAACCCUCAAUGACCAGAUUGUCUUGUUGUCCAAGCGCCGUGGGCAGUUGAAGCAGGCUGUAACUGCAAUGGUCCAACAAGCGAUGCAAUAUAUUGAUGAGACCCCAGAUGUUGAAAGUAAAGUGGAGCUCAUUAAGGCGCUUAAUAGUGUUUCUGCAGGAAAGAUAUAUGUUGAGAUAGAGAGAGCGCGGUUGAUUAAAAAACUUGCAAAGAUCAAGGAAGAACAAGGACAGAUCGCUGAGGCUGCUGACUUAAUGCAAGAAAUUGCGGUGGAAACAUUUGGCGCAAUGGCAAAAACUGAAAAGAUAGCCUUCAUUCUUGAACAAGUUCGUCUAUGUUUAGACCGCCAAGACUAUGUGCGUGCACAGAUACUCUCGAGGAAAAUUAGUCCUAGAGUUUUUGAUGCUGAUACUUCAAAAGAAAAGAAAAAACCUAAAGAAGGUGAUAAUGUUGUGGAAGAGGCUCCAGCAGAUAUACCAUCAUUGAUGGAGUUGAAGCGAAUCUACUAUGAAUUAAUGAUACGGUUCUACUCGCACAGCAAUGAUUACCUUGAAAUAUGUCGCUGUUACAAGUCAAUCUAUGAGAUUCCCUCUGUCAAAGAAGACCCAACACAGUGGAUACCGGUCCUGAGGAAAAUUUGCUGGUAUUUAGUCUUGUCACCGCAUGAUCCUAUGCAGUCAAGCCUUCUUAACUCCACCUUGGAGGAUAAGAAUCUAUCAGAAAUUUCUCAUUUCAGGUUGCUCUUGAAACAGCUUGUUACUAUGGAGGUCAUUCAGUGGACGGCUUUGUGGAAUACAUUCAACAAGGAGUUUGACAAUGAAAAGAACAUGCUUGGUGGCUCUUUGGGUGACAAGGCAGCUGAAGAUUUAAGACAGAGAGUAAUAGAACAUAAUAUCCUUGUGGUCUCAAAGUAUUACUCAAGGAUUACCUUGAAAAGACUUGCUCAGCUGCUAUGUCUCAGUGUCCAGGAAGCGGAAAAGCAUCUUUCAGAUAUGGUUGUCUCUAAAGCGCUGGUAGCAAAGAUUGACCGGCCAAUGGGUAUAGUCUGUUUCCAGGCAGCCAAGGACAGCAAUGACAUUUUGAAUUCAUGGUCUUUGAACUUAGAGAAGUUGCUUGAUCUUGUGGAGAAGAGUUGCCACCAAAUCCACAAGGAAACUAUGGUUCACAAAGUUGCCUUGAAAGUUUGAAAAUGCUGAUGGAUCUAAUUGCAG